GCUGAUUGCCGCCAUCGAAAAUAUUGAAAAAUACUUUGAAUACUUUUAUGUGCUUCUAUGUGAUUAAAAUAAAAUUUUAAUGUGUUUAUAGUAUCUAACAGACGUAAUAAACGUUACCUACGCACACUGUAAUAUAUUCAGGAAUAGGAUGUUCUUAAGCUAAAAUGAAACUAUCAACAAAAUACUAUUUUAUACUACUGUCCACUGUGGGAGUCUACUACGUGAUAUCCAAGAUAGUUUUUGAUAAAAUAUAUGAAACUAUUUUGAUUGUUGUGGACGAGUUGUUCCAUAUUCCACAAGGCCUAACAUACUGCAAUGGAAACUUCAGUCACUGGGACCCCAAAAUAACAACUCUUCCUGGUCUUUACCUACUCAGCGCACCGAUAGGCAUGUACUUAGAAUGUAAUUCUUACAACUUAAGAUUUGUCAAUUUAAUUGCUUCAUGUCUAAAUCUUGCAAUUUUUUCAUCUAUACUGAAAUUCAUUUAUGGUAAUAAUACUGAAAGUCAAUUUAAAAUUGUGUUACAAGCUGUCAAUCUUGCAAUUUUGCCUCCUCUGUACUUCUUUUCUCAUGUCUACUACACUGAUACCCUGUCCUUGACGUUUUUGUUAAUUUAUUCACGAUUAUGCCUCAAUAACAGAAGCAAAAUCUUCAUUUUUAUAUUUGGUCUAUGUAGUGUUAUCAUGAGACAAACUAAUAUUGUGUGGGUGGGGAUGGUUCUGGGGCAUAAGUUAUUAGAUAUCCUCAUAAGGAGUUCCAGGGUGUAUGGCAAUUCAUAUCUCACGAGAGCCAAAGUUAGCAAAAGAUCUCCUAUCGCAAGAGAUAUAGACUCGUCAAAGUUAAAAAGAUAUUAUGGAUUAUAUGAUGCCUUUGUAGCUUUGAAAUACCAUGUGACAACAAGUUUCCUCACGGUUUCAAAGUUUGUUACAUAUCAAGACUCAUGUGUUAUUAUGCAGCAGUGUCUAGUAUUAUCGGUCUUUGCUGUUUUCAUGUUUAUAAAUGGCUCAAUUGUUGUUGGGGAUAAGGAAGCACAUAAACCAACUAUUCAUUUGCCCCAGGUACUGUACUUUUUGCUCUUUUAUGGAGUGUUUGGCUUGCCGUAUGUUAUUGCUAAACUAAUAUCAACAAUGAAGUUAAUUUUCAGUAACAAACUUCUCGCUUUGCUGCUCGGAAUUAUCGUGGCGAUAAUUGUGCAUUUCAAUACCACUGUUCAUCCAUAUUUAUUAGCUGACAAUCGUCACUAUGUCUUUUACAUAUGGAAUCGUUGGUUUGGAAAGUAUGAUUAUGCUAUAUAUGCAACAAUUCCAGCUUACAUAUUCCUGAUCUUCAGUCUGUACGAUAAUUUGAAAGACCAGAACUGUAUAUCCUUCCUUUUACCAUAUUCGGUUUGUGCUUCGGUGGUCUUAGGUCUUCAAAAGUUAGUGGAUUUAAGAUACUUUCUAGUCCCAUACAUAGUUUUAAGAUUAAGAUUUAUAAGACCGUCAUUUAGGAUUGUUGUUUUUGAGUUUAUUUUGUAUGUAUUAUUGAACAUUGUGACAUUAUACAUAUUCUUCACAAAAGAAAUUAUAUGGACUGAUUUUGUAGAAGCACAAAGAAUUAUUUGGUAAUUUUUAUUUUUGUGAUGAAAAAUGAAGUAUUUUUAAGCAAUGAAAGUACAGUUAAGUUUUUUUCUAUUGUUUAAAAUUUAAAAUUCCCAGUAAUUUUAUUUAUAAAUUAGAAUUGGCAGUGGUGGCAGUGACCGAAUGGUCCGUAAUUAAUAUUAAAGUUCUUGGCCCUUUGAUUCAUUUGCAAACUAUAAUAUUUCUUCUGUAUCAAAGACCUACAUUGCCACCAGCUCCAAUAUUCCUUAAUAAUGUUAUUAUUGAUAUUGUAACAAUUAAAUUGCAUUUUUUAAAAAUGCUAAUGCAAUGCCAAUGUAAUAAAAUAAAUUGUUGAUUGUAAGUCAAUGUUUGAUGUGUCGUAGGAUAUAAAUGUUCAAAGACUAAUUUAUUAAUAUUUUGUAUAAUUUUAUGUGAUAUGUG